AGCCAGGCAGCGGAAGGGGUUAGUGAGAGCGGUAAAGUGUGCAAAGAAUGAAUAAGAUCUCAAAAAGUGCGGAUUUUGUAAAACUGACAUCAUCCUUUGAGGCCGUAGAGAAGUUACAGUCAGAUCUCAAGUCAUGCCUGUCAGAUGUCCCUUGUGAUCAGUUGUCCUCUGAUCGUCUGUCAGAUCAGCGAGUGGUUUGUGAUCGAGUCCUUCGAGCCUGUAACCACUGGGCUGGAGAUGCAUCAUGCCGUGGACAGCACCUGCAGAGCCUUACCCCAUUGGCAGAGAUUGCGUGUCAUGGAUUUCGUGCCGCCACCCUCCAGAAUAACUCCUUCUAUUUGGAGAAGAUUCUCUUUCACCUUUUGAAAAAUGUAUCUGCACGGGACUCAUCCUAUCAAUCCACCAUUCAAUUAUCGAACCUCUUGUACACAUUUCUUACAAAGUGCCCUGAAGAUCUGAAGGUUGGGGGAGACUAUGUUGCUUUGGCUAAAAGCAGUUUUCAGUUCCUGUGGAAAGCAGCUGGGGACCAAGAACAGAAGAACAAUCCCUGUGCCUGUAACCAAGAGAUCUUGUGCCUACGAUUACAUGCCCUGCGCUUUCUCGUCCUGGUUGAACGAUCUCCAUCACACACAGAUUCCCCUCUAACUAUAGCACGUCAUGUGAAAUUUGUAACUUUGGCUUUUGAGUCUAAGGGCAAAUCAUGUAGCAAGGAGGAUGUCUGCUUUUUAAAUAACAGCGUUGAAGAUCUGUUGGUAAAGCCUUUGCUAGAAGCCGGGACUCUCACCAAUCCAUGGGCUCGUUGCUUAGUGGAACUGACUGUACAUAGAUGUCGCAGUCUUUGUAAACGAAAUUGCUUUCAGCAGGGAAAAGAUGCGCUUCAACAAGCAUAUUCUUAUUUGAAAAGUGGUGACGGAUGCUGUCUAGCUGGGCUGACACUUACAAAAUUUGCACUGGAGAUACAGGAACAGGGUAGAUCACGAGGAAUUGGAAAAUGUUUAGAUGAGAUGGCCAAUGCCGUUCUCAAAGUAGAUUCUUCAGGGGAAGGGUGGCUUUGUCAGGCAUUGAGCGAGUGCAUCCAGUUUGCUGUCUCUUGUGUGGAUGGACAUUUCAAAUCAACUGCAGAUAUCAGGACUUUGUGUCUUAAGGAGGUCUUGAACUUGGCCAGUUUUCUCAAGGCACACUACUACCUUCUAGAGAAACAAAUGUCUGCGGUUCCCAAGGAUGGAAGCCGUCAACUCCGAUCCUUGAGACAGCACCAGUUUACUGGGUUUCAGCAGUUCACUAAUGCCACGUGCUCCUUCCUGCAAAAUGGCAAGGAUGUUAAUUGUGAUGACUUGCAACAUCUCGUUGGAGUUUGCAAAGGUGUGAUUUCCAGAAUGCUGACCUCCCUCUGUGAUCUCACUGGUCAAGAUGCUGCAGAGUUUUUAAAUCAAACAGCAUCCUGUGUGCACAAUGUGGCCUACUGGUUCUACAAUCAGAAGAAGUAUCAGGAAGCAUCUGACAUUGUAUCUCCACUCUGUGAGCAACUGGCAGCCGCCGGUCCAGGAGGAGACCCUGACCUGUCUUCAGAACGGCUACACCGUUGUUUCCGCCUGCAUGUCGAGAGCUGCCGGAAGGCUGGUCAGACGGAGCUAGGACUUGCUGCAGUGACACUUUGGUUGCGAGCAUUACGUGGGCAGAUCCAGCAGCAAAUGGCCGAACCAAUCGCCCUGUGGGUCAAACUUAAAACGGAAGGCGCUAGGAAUGGCAACGAGGACCUGAGACUGCAUACUCUGAAAGAUGGAUUUGGUGAUCAUCCAGUAGAUCCAGAGCUGAUGGUUUCCCUGCUUGCUGAAGAAAUUAAAGGAUACAAGUGUGCCCAUGGAGACACGGGUCAGGAGCGUUAUAACACAAUCUGUGAUCUGCUUGAGCUGUGCAGUGAGAGCAGCAGCCUAGAGCAUCACCGGCCCUUAUUCCUGCUUGAGCUUGCUCAGGUUUUGUGCUAUCAUGACUACACUGGGCAGACGGACUGUUCUGCUUUAGAUGCGGUCCAGGAAUCUCUCCGUCUCUUGAAUUCUUCAGGCCAUUCUAAAAGUGACGAGCGCCUGCUGGACAUAAAAGCCCAGGCUCUUCUCUGGCAGUAUAUCUGCACCCUGGAAGCCAACAUGCAAGAAAGUAUGGAGGAGCAGCAACGAAAAGCAAAGCUUGACAGUCAGCGGAAUGGGAUAGAGUAUGAACCCAAUGACCUAAACUAUGAAGACAAGCUCCUAGAUGACCAGUCCGUCCAAGAAGGAAUUUGUUUCACAUUGGCGGGAGAGACCGGACCCAUGAAAAGUUUGGAAGAAGCUUUGAAUCUGUGGAAAUCUGUCCUAUCAGGCCUCAAAGCUCCACUACUAUAUAACGCAGAACAAACUGUGUUCUCCUUGCAUCUGCUAGGGUCAAUUUUCCGUUUGAUGGGUAAGCCUCUACAGUCCAUACAGGCGUUCCAGCUUGCUUGUCAUCUAUGCAGUUCCAUCGGAGAUCACAUUAGGCAUGUAGGAGCUCUCUGUCAGCUGACAAAACUGCUUUUCUAUUUGGAAAGUCCUACAUCUGGCCAGAUCACACUAGAGGAGGCAGAAAAUGUGUUAAAAAGUGCAGACCCUGCUACAGAGACUUACUCCCUGGCUGAGCUGACCUGCAAGCUCCUUCGGAGUCAUCUCUUCCGGGUGACACACAAGGUUGUGGAAGGAGUUGGAAUGCUUAUGGAUGUUCUUCAGCAUCCUUUGCUACAGAAAUCCUCAAAGUCCUGCUACCUUUUAAAGGUCCAAGCCCUGCAAGAGCUCUCAAUGUUCUUGAGACUUCCACCAAUGCUUCUGCCUCAGGAUAUUUUCAAGCAGCUUAGUAACCAUGGUGGCCACAACCCAGAGACUGCUUUGACUGAAGCCCACAAGUUACUUCGUAGCAUUGUUCUUCUUCUUCUUGGAAAGGAUGUGUUGUCCUCUUCUAAGGUUCCCUCAGAGUCACGUUUUGUGGAUAAUGGAGAUAACCUCCUUCAGAAGUGGCAGGUACUUGCAGACCUUCUCAGUUGCUCCCAGGAUCUCAUCACCACUCUGUGCCGUAUGGGCAGUGUUUCAGAUGCCAAAUCCUACUGCCUUGAAGGACUUCGGCUAGCUAAAAAUCUACAAAGUAUGCGCCUCUGUGCAGAUUUCUUGGUUAGAAAAGCUGAGUUGGAGACCCUACGCGCAGAAAAUCAGCUCUGUGAAGAUGAUCUGCAGUACGUUGUGUUCUUAAUGGAGUCCUGCACAGAUUUCUCUUCAAAAACUCAGAAGAAAGAAAUAAAGAUACAACCGUCCAAGGGGAAAAAGCCCAAAAAUAGGAAUGUUGAAUUGAUUCCUCAAAGUCCACCAAACGAAGAUUUUUUGAAAAGUGUCCAAUUCCAGUAUGUAGACACCAGAGACGUGUUGAAUCCCCCUGCCUCUCCUACACCUGCAACUUUACCCAAGAAGACUUUCCCAUGCUUUGUGUCUCAUGAUAAAGACUGUACAUGUUCCCUUUGUUCUGAUCUAGUAUUGUCUCUGCUCUGUACUCGGUGGAUGGUUGCUCAGACUGAAAACGAUCCUCGAAGCCUAGCAUUACUGAAGUUAGCCCUACAGCGGUGCCAGUCGAUAACUCGCCGUUUUUCUAGAGUCGUGCAAGCUCUCUUAAAAGAGGACUCAAAAUUUGCAAUUGGUAUGACCGAUGAGAUCGUUGCUCGAAUUUACUUUGCUAUGGUAUCACUGAGCCCCCCAGCUAAGUUAUCUGAACGAACACUAGAGGAUGGUCUGAAUUUUCUGUCAUCCCGCCCACCUAAUUUCCCCAAGUAUUGGAGGGCAGGACUUCUCCUGGCUAAAGCACUGAAUUCCACUUACAGGCUUGCUACAAAGCAUGCAGGUUGCAUUACAGAUCUCUUCAUGCAAGUAUGGGGCUGGCAACCACAGCGACACAGACGAAAAGAUCCUGAUCGCAGCUAUAAGUGCAUGACCGCGACGCCAAGUGUUACCUUAAGCAAGGUGAAAGAUACUGAGAAGGUUGCAGGGGAUGAUCCAACCAUCAUCUCUAUGGAGGGUUCAGACUCUGAGAGCUUGCUUUUGCCCACCAGACCUCCAACAACUCCUCUACGUAAAGACCAUCUACCAACACCGUUGAAACCUGUGGUCUCCACCCAAGUGAGAAAAGGCAGUGUAACUAUUUAUAAUGAAGAGUCUCCUGUGCCAGAAUUACUGCCAAAAGCACCAAGAAGGCGCCAAACAAGGGCUGUCAUAAAGGUUGUCUUUAGUGACAGUGACUUGGAAACGCCAGAUAACGACCCAGAUCAACAGAUCAGAAACAAAAAAACAAGUUGUGCUAAAUCUGGUGUACGAGGAAGGGGAACUAGAAAAAGUAAAGCGCUUCUGGCAACCUCAGAAUCUGAAGAAGAGGAGGUAAGCUUGAAAUGUAAACCCAGGAGAGGAAGACCCAGCACAAAGAAAGCUCAGAAAGAGACUAGCCCUUCUGGUCUACAGAGACGACGCCAACUGGGAAAAACUGAGAGGGCUCCAAAAGAAAUAGAGAUGUUGAGAUGCAUUAAAGAGGAACCAGAGUACUUCUUGGAUGACAGCAUUGAAGAGCUGCGGGCUUCUGACACUGAAGAGAAAAAAACUGCACGGGGCAGCCGGAGAGGGCAGAGGACCUCCAAGAAAGAAGCAAGAACAGAAACACGCUGUGAAAUUCUAAGACGGGAUGUUGGAGCAGAGCAGCAGAGUUCACCUAUGGAUAUGAAAGUGCCUCCUACUGAUCCAAACCUAUUUAGCCUUACAGGACUUUCAUCGCCUGUACUGGGUACUUUUAGUACCUCUGACCUGGAUUCCAUUUCCGCUCUUCUCCGAGAGUCACUAGAAUCUGUAGCUCAUUUCCCUCCAAGCAUCCUAUAUUCCCGGCUAUGCCGACUCUUGGCAUUGUGCACUGGAGGACAGGAUCCAUACCUCACUGCACUUCUGGUUAGCGAGUCCGUUUCCAUCACGUUGCGGCACCAACUCAACAGUGACAUUCACCGGAAGCUGCGGAAAUUAAGAAAGGAAAGUUCAGGGGACAUAACAGACCAGUUUCAAUGUCUUAAUCUGAAAGAUCAGAAGGACUCAAAGGUCCAGCAUCUGUCUGAUCUAGAGGAGCUCUUUAGAUUCCCAAAACAGCCACUGGACACAGAGCGUUUCAGAGAACAAAUUCAACACAUUCCUGGGGAUACGGCAGUAUGUAUACUGACACUUGCAGACUCUCAGUCAAGGAGACCCGGUGAUCAUCUUCUCCUCACCAGACUAGAACAUGGAAGCCCACCAGUAAAUAUACAGAUACCCACUGCUCACCUGAAGAUGUCCAUGAGUUCGGCAUUGCUAGAAUUUGAUGAUAUUCAGAAGCAGCAAAAGAUCAUUAACAAUUUAACAGAAAAAAAGGAGUGGUGGGAAGGGCGCAUGGAGUUGGACAGUCGUAUGAAGACUUUGAUCCAGUUACUUGAACAGAUCCUGGGCUGUUGGAAGGUCCUGCUCAUGCCCCCCUGUUCGGUCGCUUCUGUAGCAGUGGAGUCUUGCAAGCUGUCUAGGUUUUUGCCAGAGUGUGGCUUUAAGGACUUAGACCCAGCACUUCUGAAGGCUUUCCUGGGGGGCAGCCAUCUUCUGACUCCUCAGCUCAUCCAGUCCUUCGUGCAAGGCUUUUGUCUGUCACAGCCAGAGAGGGCUCAGGAAAUACUUCAAGGAGCAGCGGAGGGGCUUACAUUCUGCACUGAGAACACUAAAGGACAUGUAGUGCUUGUUUUGGACAAGCUUCUCCAAAAACUUCCAUGGGAAAGUAUCCCCUGUUUGCUGAGUAGAUCUGUCUCUCGACUUCCAUCCUUGAACUUCCUUCUAAGUUAUGGCUUGAUCAAAAAGCACCAGCCUCAGAUGACCAUUGUUAGAGGUGUUGAACCCAAGCAAACCUUCUAUGUCCUAAACCCCCAUGCAAAUCUUCCGGGCACCGAAGAGCGAUUUAGGGACUGGUUUAAAAAUGAACCUGGCUGGAAAGGAGUGAUUCGAUAUGCUCCGAAACCUGAGCAGCUGGAGUACGCACUGACAAAACAAGAUUUAUAUGUCUAUGUUGGACAUGGAGCAGGUGCUCACUUCUUGGAUAUCCAGACCCUGCAGCGCUUGGACUGUAAUGCUGUUGUAUUGCUCUUUGGGUGCAGUAGUGCUGCACUAGCUGUUCGAGGAGAUCUGGAGGCAACAGGAAUUGUCCUUAAAUAUCUUAUGGCAGGAUGUCCUCUAAUUCUAGGGAACCUGUGGGACGUCACAGACCGUGAAAUCGAUCGUUACACAGUGGCGUUCUUGCAGAGCUGGCUUAAGGCUGGGCCCCGUGCACCCCUCAUUAAACAUCUGUCGGAGUCCCGCCAGGCACCCAAGUUGAGAUACAUAAUUGGGGCAGCACCCGUGGCUUAUGGUUUACCGGUGUCUCUCCGGUGACCUGAUUUUAGCAAAACAAUGAAUAAAGUGCUUAUUAAUUUAUUGCUCUUUUAAUAUUCACACGAAAUGCUAUGCAAGUUGUACACCACUUGAAUGAAGAUGUUCCAAGUGAUCGGUAACAUUACUGAGAUCUGAGACUUUGUGCACUCAAAGAUGUGUUACUGUUAAAUUAAUAUUAAGGUGGAUUACAUGCCAGUCUUACAGCCUGUUCUCUGGAUUGUAUUUUCUUUUAUUUAUUACUUCAGUAGCUCAAUGAUCAGAUUAUUGGCUUCUAUGAAGGAAUUUGUAUUUAAUA